UUCAGGACGCUAUCUCUCUACCCUAAAGGCAACAAUGGAGAUAAUGGAUUGGGAUAUGUUUCCCUCUAUUUGUCAAUCGAGGAGCUUCCUCCGAAUCAGACGGUUCACGUCAACUACAAGCUUUUUGUGCACAACAAGUUACAAAACAAGUACUUGACCAUUCAAGUCAUAGAAAUCUUUGUAGAUACCGAUGAGGAGAUAAGUAGCUUCCAUCGCUCGAAGACCCAACACGGGUUUCCUCGGUUUCUUUCCCUAAAAGAAUUCGAAAACCGUUCAAAUGGAUACCUUGAUGAAAAGGACUCUUGUACAUUUGGGGCUGAAGUUUUUGUCAUCCAACCUGCCAAGAUGAGGGAGGAGUCUUUUACCUUGAUCAAAUACCUGACUCAAAACACAUUCACAUUUAAGAUCGAAAACUGGUCCAAAUUGGGCACGGAUCCCCGUUCCAAGGAGUUUACUUUGUGA